UAAGGACGCUACGUCACAUAAACCGGAAGCCACUGUCACAUUGCGAGUAAAUGUAAACAAUACAUUUUGUUUUCUGCAGUUUGCGUGUCAAAAUGUCGCAUUUGGACAACAAUCCGUCGUUCCAGGCCAUGGUGCGGGCAAGCGGCCUGGCAGAAGUAUGGACACACUCCACAGAUGCCGCUAAAUUUAAUCAGUUUGGAUGGAGAUGCACAAAUAAAGAAACUUCCUACGGUAACGACACACUAAUUGGAAACUGGAACGAGGAACGAUUCGACAAUAAAAUUGUUAAACAGGCGAAACCAUUGCCGUCUCAGAACAACCAUUACUUUGAAAGUACAUACGAUCAGAGCUACAACUUCAAACCAUAUGAGGUCCCAAAAGAACUUAAGCAUUUAAAAGCUCCACACCCUAAUGCAUUUCCUGGACACCAGCCUGAGACCGAUAACGCUUUCUCCAAAAGUAUUUACAACAGCUGGGAGACCACAACACGAGCUGGCUACGUUGAUCCAAAAAUAAGACAAACACCUCUCCAACCAAAGACCAACACCACGUCAGCAUAACUGAGAUAAUUAUCUCGAAUUUACUUCAUUAAAAUUUCAUUUACUGCACUUUUAUAUCUUACUGCCUGUGAUUUAUGAUUUUGUUUAUGAAUAUUUUGCUCAAAAACACUAAAUACUGCUUCUGAAGACAUUGUAUAUGCAAUAAGUUCAAAUUAAGAAUUACCAAUUCUUCGAAAAUGAGUCAUUUUGUUUCAUAAUAAAAUAUACAUUUAUGUGUUCGAAAACUAAGACAACAUUUCUAUAUACCAUGUAUGCGUUAGUAUGAAACACAUAUGUAUGUAAAAAAAAAAGUGUUGAUGUUACAUAGAAUAGUAUAAUUUAAGAAUAACUGAACAUUAGGCAUUCACUGCAAGUAUCAUUUUGUUUAAAUAUAAAGCAUUAUUUUCAUUUAUCUAUCUAGUACUAGUACUUUGACAUGUGUCAAAGUUAUGACCGGAUAUAUUCCACUGCGUUUCCUAAAGCAGGCAGUAUUAUCAAAGAUCAAAGUUAUUUUCUUAUUAGUUCUUUUAUUACCAGUACAUUGACAUGUGUCAAAGUUAUGACCAAAUAUAUUCCACUGCGUUUCCUAAAGCAGACAGUAUUAUCAAAGAUCAAAAUUAAAUUCUAAUAUGUUUUUAUGACAAUCACGGUACAGGAUAACCAGCCAGGGUACAAACUAGUUUUUUAACUUUAGUAGUCUUGAUUUGGUGACAAAAAUUUCAUGGUCAGAUAUUAGUAAUAUUUGGUCUUAAAAUGAAUGACUAUAAAAUUUCGUGUUCCAUUUCUAGAAAAA